AUGGACAACCACAAACAACACCUUGAAGAGUUGCUGAAUCACAGUCAAAAACAUGGCUCGGAAAUCUCAAGAGCAACAUCCCCCGGCGGCGCAGGCAGCAUCGAUCAGACACAACUCACUGAUGCCAAUUGCCAAGUCAAGCGCAAUAGACCCCGAACCUUUCCUUACUUUACCACUCUCCCUUACCAGGUAGAAGAUGACUCUCAAAGACAAGAAAAUCUGGCCGAAAUUCUCAAGCAUCUCUACAUUGCAAUUCAGGCCGGUGAUUUCACUCCCGGGGCAUUACACUGGACGAGAGAGCUUCGCAGUUGGCUUGCGUUGAAGUUCGAUCCCACCAAGGAACAACGAGUCCAACUCGUCAAGCUCUACUAUGAACUCGCUCUUGCUCCGGGCAUCGACCCCAGUGUCGCCGAACGCUUCGCCAGCAUGUUCAUGGUCCUCACAAAGCGAAAACACUACCUGCGGCCACUCAAGGACCUGACGUUGGACUGGCGGCCGCUUUAUCGAGAAUUGAAGGUGUUCGUUUUGCCCAGCGAAUCGGGGUUGAUGCAGACAACAAAUCUUAAGAGGAACAUCAAGACCUUGAUCAAAAUAUGCUCCUUCUCACAGUUGUAUUUCGAUCCCGAGGACAUUCCAGUCAUGCUGGAGGAACUUUUGCCGCAUUUCACCAUGUCCCAGGCUGAGGGCGCUUUCGUGGUGAUUGGUCUGAUCAAUCUCCUUCUUCCAACUGCUCCUCCUCCACCGAAUCGUGCCGACCUAGCGCCCCAGCAAUUCCUUCCAACAUUCUUCCACUUGUGGUCGUUGGUCAAUCGAUCCCGCACCAUCGACGUCGCCAGUCUGGACCUCUUUUCACGCCUUGCAAGAGAUACUCUAUCCAGCAAACAUGUGGAAUUCUCCGAGUUUGGCAUCUUCACCCCCGAGCAAUCGACUCUCAUUGUCACUGCAAUCUUGAGGCUAUUGGAGAUCCCGGUCGGACAGUCAACCUCUCCAUAUAGUGCCCUAGUCGACCUGUCAGCUGGCAUGGGUAUUCUCCUGGAUCGUGAUAGUCGUAAGCAUCCUGUAUCUCAUCACAUUGCACGAUGGUUCGUUAUGUCUCUAUCACCUGCUUGCCUUGAGAAGAAAGCUUCCGUGCUAUCUCUUCUUGAGACCCUGAUACAGGCAGUCGAAACAUUUUUCCAUCCCUCAAAUUCGGGAUCAUGGACCAGAACGCUUGCACAAUUGGUGUUCUACCUGGCAGACUUUUUUGUCAUGCGCUGGAACAGAGAGCGCAAUGGUGAGAUGGAAGUACCCGAGGAACGCAGACUGAAUGAGCCUCUCCGCAAGCGGUUUGUAUUGUGUCUCCGAGAAGUCAUCUUCAUGGGCAUUUAUGCGAAAAGUGGCACUGCAAUGAGUUACUCAUUAUCAACACUUCAAGCUCUUGCCUUCUUAGAGCCUGAUUUAAUACUUCCUGGAGCCUUACAACGCAUUUACCCGUCCAUGCAGGGGCUUGUUGAGGUGCACAGAACGAUUUCAUCAUUACGAUCACUACAGAUUCUGGCGAGAACUAUGAUACGGACCAAGGGGUAUCGUUGCCACAUCACAGCAUUGUUGGGACUGGCUUUACCUGGAAUCGAUGCCAAUGAUCUCGAGAAAACCCUGUACACACUAUCCUUCUUUGCAAAUGUGUGCUACAACAUUCCGUUCGCAGACCUAUCCAAGGGCAGGGAUGACGUUCAGGGCAACAUACUCGCCAUGGAAUGGAUCACUGGUGAAAUGGAGCGAAUGGACCAGGAAGGUGCCACCGUAGAGCUCAAUUAUGCGGAUUUGGAUGAGAAACAAGAAGAGAUGAUCUUAGCCUCAUCCACUGCUGGAUUUGGUGAAUUCGUCAGCUCUUUCUUGGGGAGAGUCUUUACGCUUCUCGAGAAUCUACCUGACGCUGCAAGAAUCAGAAGCGGGUCGCCUGAGGAGAAUAUUGUCAACACCUUACCGGCCGCAUUCAUGCCAUUACUGGCAUCACUUUCUCCCGAAUUGUUUGACAUGGCACUCAACAAGAUUGUCGAUUUCGUGGCAAACCAUGUCAUUCACCAAUCGCGUGAUGCCAUGGCUUUUAUCUGCAACUGCCUUUGCAAGGUCGAUCCUGAGAAAGCUUUGGCCAAAUUUGUUCCCGUCCUAGUGACCGCUAUUCGCACCGAGAUUGAUGAAAAUGGUGCUGGGUCAACAAGAAAUGCGGCUUCUGAUGUCCUCCCUCGUGAUAGAGGUUUGGUGUGGAACAUCAGCAUGCUCAGCAUGUGUGUUGUCCAUGUGGGCUCUGCUGUCCUCAAAUACAAGCAGGAGCUGUUCGACAUCGCAGUGUAUAUGCAACAGAAGUGUAAAGGCAUGCCGACCGUGCAUAUCUCAAACUACAUCCACCACCUUCUUCUUAACUUGACAGUCACAUACACGGCAGACUAUAGUCUGUACGAACCGGAAAGAAAGGCCAACGGAGUCACUGCAGACCUCUGGGGGCUUGCAGAACCAAGUGCAACGGUCAAACCCAAGUGGCAUGUACCAAACAAAGAAGAACUCGAUUUUGCUGUUGAAUUGUUUCAGAACCAAGCAGAAGGUGCCUUGAAGCAUCUCAAAGGCCUAAUUGAGGGCACAUCAAGCAUCAAACGAGACGGUAGCGGCAAAGAAUGGUCUGACGAAGUCUCCCGAAAUCUAGUCUUGUUACGACUACUUCUUGCGGGAGUAUCAGUUCUCUUUGAUGCAAAAGGUGUCAAUGAUGGUCUCACCACCACUGCUAGCGGCGUGGAUGCUGAUACUGCCAUGACACAGGCAAAUGGACAUGUACCCGAGGACAGCAAUGAUACGACUGACCCCGAGUCUGUAUUAGACGGUACAGAUGAGACAUCUAUCAAACCUUCAUUCCAAUACCCCAGUGGGGAGCUUCUCAAACCUGGAGACGAGAAUUAUGCGCUGAUACAUCACAUACGGCAGGAUGUUGGUCGAGUGCUUCAUCAAGUUCACGACUUCCUGACCAGAGAAGGAGAGGAUGAUGUUUCUUCCUUUGCACCGUUGUAUACUGCGUACCGAUCGUGGUUCGUAGACGUGGGUAUUGAGCGAUCUGCACAUGUACUUGAUCGUGUAACAAGACUCCUCCAUGCCGAUGAACAACCUUAUAAGGUCAGCGGCAUCCGGAAGGAUUAUCCACGUUCCAUUCUUGUUCGUCGAGCAAAUGUCUACCACACACAACGUUUGAGGUACAAUGCGACCCCUCGACCACGCUCAGAGCUGGAUGAACAAUUACUGAAUGAUCUGGCCGAGUCGUCUGUCUCUUUGUACACGGAAGUUCGCCGCAAUGCGCAAAGUGCAGGCGAAUCAGCUCUUAAAGUGGUCUUUGGAGCCCGCUUAUUCGUCAUCCCUCCACUUUUGGCCUCUUUCCAGAAGGCCGUGGAGCGAAACGACUUCCCCCGAAUCAAAGGUGCUCUUUUCGCAUUGUUGUUUGGAAGUCUGGCGAAAACCGUCGGUAGACAUUGGAAGUACACUCCGACCGUGAUCAAAACAUUCAUCAGUGCGAGCACGGCUGAUAAACCAUCCAUUCAGAAACUAUGCGGUGGAGGCCUUUUCCAAGUCAUGGAUUAUGGCCGUCCUGGUGAUCGCAUGGCCAUUGUUGAUCGAGCGGCAGUCGAUCCCUUCGCGCCGGAUGAGGAUGUCGAGGAUAAGAUUGCUAAGAAGAAAUCCUUUAUCCUCAGCAAGCGUGCAAGUAUCGAGAAGAAGAAAGCCGAACUGGCCGAAGAGCUCAUUGAACUGGGUCGUGUAUCACAUUGGAAGAAGGCAACGCGGGUUGCAACACUGGUGAUGUCCUUGGGCAUGCGAUUCGACCACAUCGCUUCCGACAAUAUGAUUGAUCUUAUCACUCGUGGCACUAUCGACCCUCAUCCUGGCUUACGAGGGCUCUAUUCACAAGGGCUCGUGGCCCUAUUCACUAUGACUGAUGUUCGAGCUGUAUGCAGCCACGACUAUGCCAACUACAUACAAGCUAUGCAAGAAUUUCCUGCGAAGGUCAAGGUGACCACAUACCCUGAGAAAGAUUCUUGGACAGAAGACUAUUUGCAAGCAUUUUCGAAACCGGAAGCUGAUGUGUAUAUUGAUCACGACUAUCCGGGUUGGCUUGUGUGGUCGAAGUCCAUGCCUGGUUACAAAGCCAAUGUUAAGAAUGACAUUGAGUACGAUGAGCUAGAAUGGAAAAAGCGCACUGUCAUUGGCAAGCUAUUGGACCGAAAUUGGUUCUCCACGUUCUUCAAGUACCUGAAGCAAGAGCCCCGAGAUCAAUCGGCGGAUAAGUUCCGUAUGGCCAGCGCAGCAAUGCUGACAUACGCGUUUGAGCUCAUCAUCAGAGACGGCCUUGCCGUGGCAACCUUCGAGGAGAUUAAAGAGGAGACACUUGCUGUUUUCGAAGACGGAAGUGAUAAGCAUCAGCAUCGCGCCACAGCAGAAAUCCUUGCAGGGCUGGUGACAUCUGUUAUGGACAAUUCGAUUGAGCGUCGCACUAUGGUUUGGGAAUUCGCGUUUCCUAUCAUUCGAAAAGUCUUCUCCGAUGGCUUGACACCUGAGAACUCUGGGUACUGGACAACCUUCUUGCAUAUGAUUCUCCAAGCCCGUGAUCCACGUCGAGCUUGGCCCUUGGUGGAAUGGCUGACAAAUUUCCGACUCGAUAUGAGCUCCAACGCUGCUUUCAAAGAAAGUUCCAAGAUCCACCUUUUACAUCAAGUGAUCAUGGACGCCGGAUGGCAUUUCCAGCUGGAAGCUCCAAUUACUCAAGACUUCUUGAGUCACAUUGAUCAUCCAUACAAAGGUGUCCGAGAGGCGAUGGCACAUACACUUGCGACCAUCACCCGUACCCGUUAUCACGAAUCAUACAAGGAUGUCAAACAACUUAUCGAUGCACAGAAAUCAGCUGGUUCCAUUGGUAAACAACCUUAUAUUCCUACUGAAGAAUUUGAUGAGACUAUAACAGAGGUCUUCGGACGUAUUGAGAAAUGGCGACACGAACGAACUCCAGGCCAGCAGACCCCUUCGGCCUACACAUCGGGCAGCAAGACGAUCCUCCUCUGGCUGGAUUCCAUGCUUUCUUCCUGGGAGUGUACUCAGCUCUUGAAAUACUUCCCCACUUUGUUCACCGAGCAAUUCUUACACAUGAUGGAUGUUAAGGAAGACCCCGAACUACAGUCUCUGGCUUAUCACGUUUUCCGACAUCUUCCAAACAUUCCUCACCGAAUAGGUGAAGACCAGAAGCUGAUUGACUCGUUGAUCAAAAUCGGAAGAACGUCUCCCUCGUGGCAUCAGCGUUUGCGAGUCAUGAUCAACAUGCAAAUCAUUUUUUUCAGAAGAUUGUUCUUGUUGUCUGAAGAUAGCAAACAGCUUCUGUUCAAGUGUGUUGCCGAUAUGCUAGAAGACAGCCAGCAUGAAGUCCGUGCGGGUGCAGCAACCACAUUAUCAGGCAUGAUUCGUUGUUCCCACAUGGAGCUCCGCGAGAAGAUGAUUGUUCAGCUACGAGACCGAUUCACUAAGAUGUUGGUAGACAACCCACUUCCGAAGAAGCCCAAGGGUCAAUUGGCAGGAGUUGCUGCUGGCUUGUCAUCGGCUCGUACAUCUGGAACAAAUACACCAACACCAGAAGCACAGCGAUUGGUCAUCGUCCGACAUGCCGCUGUACUAGGGUUGGGUGCAUUAAUCCAGGCUUUCCCAUAUUCAAGCCCACCGCCAUCAUGGAUGCCAGAUGUUCUUGUGACGCUCAGCAGCAAAGCCGCAAAUGACCCAGCCGCAGUAGGAAACAGUGUGAAGAGCAUCAUCAGUGACUUCAAGAAGACACGACAGGAUACUUGGCAUAUCGACGUCAAGGCUUUCAAACCAGAGCAGAUCGAAGACUUGUCUGGUGUCUUGUGGAAAAGCUAUUUCGCUUGA